AUGAGUCGGGCUAUGCAUGGAGAUAAACUGGCCCGAGAGCUAGAAUCAGUACCGCUGUCUAACGGGACUAUCGCCCGACGCAUCUCGGACAUGGCCCAGGACAUAAAGUGUCAGCUGGUUGACAGAGUGAAGAAAGGGAAAUACGCUUUACAGUUAGAUGAAACAACUGAUGUCUCAAACUCUGCCCAGCUGCUUGUAUUCGUCAGAUACAGUUUUGACGGAAAACUUAAUGAGAACAUGUUGUUUUGCACCCCGCUAGAGGGAACGUGCACAGGCGAAGACAUUUUCACUAAACUCGACGAUAAACUUCAAGAAGAGGGACUGUCUUGGGACGAGUGCGUUGGUGUGUGUACAGACGGUGCUGGAGCGAUGCUGGGGAGAAAGAAAGGACUUAAAGCAAGAGUCUUACAAGUGGCGCCUCACGUAAAGUUCACCCACUGCAUUAUACACAAAGAAGCACUUGCAAGCAAAACACUUGACCCAGAACUUAAACAUGUUCUUGAGACCGCAAUGAAAAUUGUGAACUAUAUAAAAGCACGUCUGCUCAAUAUCAGGUUGUUUGCCACUCUCUGUAACGAACUGGGAUCGGAGCAUGAGGGCCUGCUGUUCCAUACAGAGGUCAGGUGGCUUUCGCGAGUGAAUGUGCUCAGCCGCCUGUAUGAGCUGCGGGAUGAAGUGCGCCUAUUUCUGAUGGAGCACGGGUCCCAGCUCGCUGACCACCUCACUGAUCCUGACUGGUUAACAAGGCUAGCGUAUUUGUCUUGCAUAUUUGAAAAACUGAAUGGACUUAAUUUGUCCCUGCAAGGUGAAAAUACAAGCAUCCUGUCGCUGAAUGAUAAAAUCCACGCAUUCAUGAGAAAACUCCAGCGUUGGAUUGAGCGUGUUAAAGUGGGGAGCAUUGAUAUGUUUUCUGAGCUGGUUGAAUUCAUGGAUGAAAACGAACUGAGUGUUGACAUGGUGAAAAAGCCUAUCACUACCCAUCUUCAAGCCCUCCAGGAACACUUCAACAGGUAUUUCCCAGAGGAAACGGCUCCAGAACAAAAUGACUGGAUAAGAUCACCAUUCACUGAAACGAGUGCAAAUCAUCUGACAUCCGAGCUGGAGGACGCAUUGGUUGAACUGUCAAGCGACCGAACCUUGAAAACAGCGUUUAAUUCCAAGACGCUGGCUGAGUUUUGGAUUUCAGUUGAGAGGGAAUACCCACAGCUGGCCAGGGCGGCUUUGGAUGUGCUGAUGCCGUUUGGCACUACCUACUUGUGCGAAAAGACUUUCUCAGCACUGAUGUAUCUUAAAAAUAAAUACAGAUCGCGAUUGAAUGUGGAGGAUGAUCUCCAAGUAGCGGUCUCCGACAUCAAACCAAGACUGGACUUGCUGUGCUCCAAACAUAUUGCACAUCCAUCUCAUUAG